AUGGACGAAGAUAACUAUUAUCUCCACCUAGAUGAUGAGCACUUAAUUAGGCCAAGGGCAAGCAGUGCUUCUUCACACCCUCGGAGACAAGGUUCUUUAGUAAGGCCAGAAAGAAAUAGGUUAGAUAACCCUUCAAAUCCCAGCUAUUAUUAUGCUCAAAAGACAGCAGAACAAAAAAAUAGGUUAAGUGUGUUGCCUUCAAGCACAGGUGUGAAUCCAACAACUGCUAGAAAUAGUACAAUUAGGUCUCGUCGGACUUUGAGCACCAAGAGGGGUUCGAGUAUUAUUGAGGAAGAAUAUCCCCUUAGAGAUAUAAGUAACGAUGAUGCUUCAAGAGAUGAUACAAGAUUUAACGAAGAACAAGACGGCUUAAAUGAACAAGAGAACGAAUUUGAUGAUUAUGACGAAAGCAGAUUUGAUCCAUAUAUCCCUGAUCUUAGAAAAGAUUUUAAAAAAAUAUCAGAAUCGCACAAGGACUCGAAUUCUUCAAUAUCGCUAUGGACAAUGUAUUGCAAAAUAUUAACAUUCUGGAUUCCAGGACCAGUUCUUGCCCUUUUUGGUAUGCCAGAUAAGGAAAGACAGAUGGCAUGGAGAGAUAAAAUUGCGCUAUUAUCUAUUAUAUGUUAUAUUGGUGCAAUUGUCGCAUAUAUUACAUUUGGUUUUACGAGAACAGUUUGUCCAAAUUCUGGUAUAAGAUUGGAGAAUAACGACAUAGAUACAGGGUUUGUGACCAUAAAUGGUAAAGCUUAUAUAUAUAAUGGAACUUCAACAGAUGGCAGUGACUUACAAGUUGAAGGGAAAUACAUUGUCGGACCCUGGCAAGACGCUGGGAAAGAUGCUACGUUUUUAUUUCAAAAUGUCAACGGGAACUGUAAAAAUGUAAUCGUCCCAAAAGACAAUUGUUCUAUUCCAUACAAUAGUGACAAAGAACUGGCAUGGUAUUUUCCUUGUAAAAUGAAAAAUAUAGAUGGUUCUUCUAAACCAAAUUUUACGAGGUCUGAGCACUAUGAUGGUUGGGGUUGCCACACAUCUAAUGAUGAAAGGAAGGCCUACUAUAAUCUGAAGAGCUAUGCGUCAGCAUAUUUUACAUGGGAUGAUAUUAAAAACUCAUCCAGAAAUUUAGUGGUAUAUAAUGGAGAUGUUCUCGAUUUGAAUUUAUUAAAUUGGUUAGAAUCUGACGAUCUAGAUUACCCUACAGAAUUCGACGAUCUAAAAAAUUCUGACCUUCAGGGUUAUGAUUUAUCCUUGGUUCUCUCUACAGGUCAUGAUAGAAAGAUCGCGAGAUGUCUGAAUGAAAUUAUUAAGGUAGGUGAAAUCGAUUCGAAGACGGUAGGGUGUCUUGCUUCAGAUGUUGUUUUGUAUGUCUCAUUAAUCUUCAUUUUUGCCAUUAUUGUCGCAAAAUUUUUAGUUGCAAGUUAUUUCCGUUGGUUCGUAUCUAAGAAACAGGGGGCGUUCGAAGUUGAUAAUAAGACUAUGGAUAGGUAUAUUAACACUAUUGAGGACUGGUCUGAUAAUAUAUAUGCUCAAGGUCCUAUCAAACAGGUAGAUCCGUCCAUGAGACCAGUGAAAAAAGAAUCAGGUCUGUCAACUUUGAAAAAGAAAACUUCAAGGAUGUUACAACUUAAUGAUUCAGUUAUAGACUUAGAAAGUUCUGCAAGUAACAACAAUAUUCCUGCAUCUGGAACCCUUAAUGGAUAUACGACUAUGACUUCACAGAAUGCGUGGAAAUUCAAUGGUGAAAAUGAUCCAAACGAACAAAGACAAAAUACUGGUCAUAGAUCUGACACCUUGACUUUAUCAUCACUCCUGUGGAACUCGGCAACGAUUUCUCCCGCACCUGGAAAGUUGACUUCAAUCUCCUCUUUAGACCCUACUAUCAUUCAUCCUGAUAUAGUACAACAACCACCUAUAGACUACAUGCCGUAUGAUUACCCCUUAAUCCACACUAUAUGUUUUGUUACCUGUUAUUCUGAGGAUGAAAGUGGUCUAAGAACUACAUUAGAUUCUAUAUCUACUACGGACUAUCCAAAUUCUCACAAGCUAAUCAUGAUUGUUUGUGACGGUUUGAUCAAAGGGUCAGGUAAUGAUAAAACGACACCAGAAAUCGCCCUAGAUAUGAUGGACGAUUUUGUUGUCCCACCUGAAGAGGUUCAAGCAAAUUCUUAUGUUGCAGUAGCAUCUGGUACCAAAAGACAUAAUAUGGCCAAAAUUUAUGCCGGGUUCUACAAAUAUGACGAUGAAACUGUCCCCCUAGAAAAACAGCAAAGAGUUCCAGUUAUUACUAUUGUGAAAUGUGGUACUCCAGAGGAACAAGGUUCUGCAAAACCAGGGAACAGAGGUAAACGUGAUUCGCAAGUCAUUUUGAUGUCCUUCUUGCAAAGGAUUACCUUUGAUGAGAGAAUGUCUGAAUUGGAAUUUCAACUUUUGAAAAAUAUUUGGCAAUUGACAGGGUUAAUGGCAGACUUUUACGAGACUGUUUUGAUGGUUGAUGCAGAUACGAAAGUAUUUCCGGACUCUUUGUCUCACAUGGUCGCAGAGAUGGUAAAGGAUCCUACAAUUAUGGGUUUAUGUGGUGAAACCAAAAUCGCAAAUAAGGCGGACACUUGGGUCACGGCAAUUCAAGUUUUCGAAUAUUAUAUCUCACAUCAUCAGUCUAAAGCUUUCGAGUCUGUGUUUGGUUCUGUUACAUGUCUACCUGGUUGUUUCUCUCUUUAUAGAAUUAAGUCACCCAAAGGUGCGGAUGGUUAUUGGGUGCCAAUUUUGGCAAAUCCAGACAUUGUUGAAAGAUAUUCUGACAAUGUUACAAACACUUUACAUAGAAAGAAUUUGUUGUUAUUAGGUGAAGAUAGAUAUCUUUCCUCCUUAAUGUUGAGAACCUUCCCUAAAAGAAAGCAAAUCUUCGUUUCUAAGGCCGCGUGUAAGACCGUUGUUCCAGAUGAAUUUAAGGUUCUAUUAUCACAGCGUCGUAGAUGGAUUAAUUCUACAGUUCAUAACUUAUUUGAACUUGUAUUAAUUAGAGAUCUUUGUGGUACAUUUUGUUUUUCUAUGCAAUUUGUCAUUUUUAUUGAAUUGAUAGGGACCCUUGUUCUACCAUUGGCAAUUUGUUUUUCUGUGUAUGUUAUCAUGUUCGCCAUACUGUCACACCCUACGCCUGUUCUUACAUUGAUCCUGUUGGGUUUAGUCCUUGGUUUACCUGGUGUGCUUGUUGUCGUAACAGCUACCAGAUGGUCUUACUUAAUGUGGCUUGCUGUUUAUAUAUGUGCAUUACCUAUUUGGAAUUUGGUUUUACCAUCAUACGCUUAUUGGAAAUUCGAUGAUUUCUCAUGGGGUGAUACAAGAACGAUCGCUGGUGGUAAUAAGGUCAAGGAGAGUGAAGAAGGUGAGUUUGACCAUUCUCAUAUAAAAAUGCGGACAUGGAGAGAAUUCGAUCGUGAAGAACGAAUGAUGACAAAAACUGGUGGUAUCGAUGCUGAUCCAUCCAAAUAUAUUUAA